AUGGUAAACUUUCAGCUAACGCCUGUGGAAUUAGGAGGGGGAACAGCUUUUACAAAGACUGGUUCCGUCGCUAGGCCCGUGGCUCGUUCAAUGGUCUUUUGGUACAAUCUUCUUAGCAGUGGCGAUGGCGAUUUGCGUUCUCGUCAUGGAGCCUGUCCGGUACUGGCAGGGACCAAGUGGGUUAUGAAUAAGUGGAUUCGUGCAGCAGGUCAAGAAUUCAAACGUCCAUGUGGACUUGAACCAGAGCCUUUCAAUCCUGAGGACGAGUUUCUUGAUCCUUGA